AUGGAAGCCGAUCUUAGAAAGCAGAUUCUACAGUGGCAGAGUGAGGUUGAGCGUUUGGAAAACGAUCUUAACGAAAAACAGGCUGCAUACGAUGCCGCAUCCACUGAGCGUGAUGAGACCAUUCGUGGGCUUGCUGAAGAGAUUGCGCAACGUGAACAACAGCUCGAUGAAUUACAGGGCGCAAUGAAGGUGCUGGAGGAGCGUUACGCCAAUGAGACACAAACUGCUGAGGAGAGGCAGACAGAACUGCAAUCACAGCUGGAAAACAAACAGACUGAACUGGCCGCAGCGGAAGAGGGACUUCAGGAGACCCAAGAGGCCUUAAAGGAGCUGAGCGAGCGCUAUGCCAAUGAUACUCGUAUUGCUGAGGAGAGGCAGGCGGAGCUGCAAUCACAGCUGAACAAUAUGGGGGAGGAGUUGCGAAGAAAUGAAGCACAGAUGGAGGAAGAAAUUGCUGCUUAUGAAGCAGAGUUGGAUAACCUGCGUAACAAGACGGAUGCAGAACGGCAGUUGAAUGAGGAGAAGUCAGCUGAAGAUGAAAAACGUAUAAAGACACUUGAAUCCGAGCUUCAUAAUGCUAUCGCACGUAUUGAAGAGCUUAAUCAUUACAUGAUAAAUGUCGAAGAGUAUACCCGAGGUGCAUACGCAAAUACACUUGAUGGAUUCAGUGAGAAACAAGUGCAAGCUCUAGAGGAAUAUAGCACAUUCGUUACUGCUAAUAUGGCAGACUACAGUAACGCUACAGAGGCACGGCUACAGCUCUUGGGAGCUGUGGAAAUGCUGCAGAAACAACUGGAGCAGACAAAACAGCAGGCAACUGAUGAGACUGGUAAACUACGUCAAUUGCUUAAGGUAACAAAGCGUGCAAGCCGGAACCGACUUGCUGCUGUCAUGAAUCUUGUACACUCUGCACAAGGUGUGCUUGCCGAGACUGCGGAAGUUGACACAGAGAGUGAUGCAUCCGUCUCGCGGGCCGCAUCACCAGAUGCACUACCGCAUAAUUCCCACACUCUCGCUGACCACUCAAAUAAAGAGAAUGACAUGAAGCGCAGCGUUUCGCGUUCUUCGCCAAUGGCCAAACAUCCCGGGAUGAAAGAGGGAUAUUGA